CUGCCCCCUGCCCCCCCCCUCUGACCCUUGACCCCGCAGCUGGUUUGACAAAUCCUUCACGCUGGUUGUUUACCGGAACGGCAAACUGGGCGCCAACGCCGAGCAUUCGUGGGCUGACGCCCCCAUCAUUGGGCACAUGUGGGAGUUCAUGCUGGCCACGGACGCCUUCGUGCUGGGCUACGGCGAGGGCGGGCACUGCCUGGGGGAGCCCGACGAGCGGCUGGCGGCCCCACAGCGCCUGCGCUGGGACAUCCCUGACGAGGUGCCUGACCCCAAACGCUGCGGCCCCAAAGUGCUCCGACCCCAUAGCACUGCAACCCCAAACACUGAGACCCCAAAGUGCUCCAACCCCAAAUGCUGCGGCCCCAAAGUGCUCCAACCCCAAACACUGUGACCCCAAACACUGUGACCCCAAACACUGAGACCCCAAAGUGCUCCAACCCCAAACGCUGCGGCCCCAAAGUGCUCCAACCCCAAACACUGUGACCCCAAACACUGUGACCCCAAAGUG